AUUUUAAAAUCGAUUUCUAUGUGAAUAUAACGAUUCCUUGAAACAACAUUAUCCGUAUUUUAAUACAAUAAAUCCGACAAAUCAAUAAUCAUACCACUAAUAGUGAGUGUUCAUUUAGAUUUUUGGAGUCCAGUCAUGGCAGAUCAGACAUCUAUGUUGGCUGUGAUUAUUUUAGCGGUUGGAGUGUCUGUGCACUUUUCUUUACACAAAGUAGAGGAAGGAUAUGUAGGGGUUUACUACAGAGGAGGAGCUUUGUUACCAGUUACGAGCCAACCAGGCUUCCACAUGAUGAUUCCAGUACUAACAACUUAUAAAGCAAUACAGACAACAUUACAAACUGAUGAAGUAAAAAAUGUACCCUGUGGUACAAGUGGCGGAGUCAUGAUAUAUUUUGAAAGAAUUGAGGUAGUUAAUAAGUUAGACCCUAAUAGUGUUUUAGAUGUGGUGCGUAACUUCACAGCAGAUUAUGACAAAACAUUGAUAUUUAAUAAGGUGCAUCAUGAACUGAAUCAGUUCUGUAGUGCACACUCGCUGCAUGAAGUUUACAUUGACUUAUUUGAUCAGAUCGAUGAGAAUCUCAGUACAGCAUUACAAAAUGAUCUCAACGAGUUAGCUCCAGGUCUAAAGGUGAAUGGAGUUCGUGUUACAAAACCAAAAAUACCAGAAGCUAUAAGAAAGAAUUAUGAACUUAUGGAGGCUGAAAAGUCAAAGUUCCUUAUUGCAGAACAACAUCAAAAGGUUGUUGAAAAAGAGGCAGAGACAGCACGAAGAAAGGCAGUAAUUGAGGCUGAAAAGGAAGCUCAUGUUGCUAAAAUACAAUACGAACAGAAGAUCAUGGAAAAGGAAUCUCUACAGAAAAUUGAACUAAUAGAAGAUAGUAUCCACAAAGCAAAACAACAAACCAAAGCCGAAGCAGAUUACUACCACCUUAAGAAGCAAGCAGAGGCAAAUAAAUUGCUUUUAACAAAAGAAUAUCUAGAACUGAAGAAAUAUGAAGCACUUGCAUUGAACAAUAAGAUAUAUUUCGGCAAUGAUAUUCCCAAUAUGUUUUUGCAAGCAAAUGUUGGUGAGAGUUUUUCUAAAAAUGUGCAGGUUGAAUGAGUGAUAAUAACUCUUUCAAGACCAAAACUAGUCAUACAAUAGUGCUUGUUCCGAAAAUAUGGUCUGAAAACAUUUAGUAAUUUGUGUGCUGUGUAAAAAGACUCUGGUAUACUAAUGUGAUUAAAUGACUUUGUAAUUGUUAGUUAAAUUGAUUAUAGUUACUGGCUCGCAUCUUAAGCGCUAAGUGAUCUCCAGAACAAUUGUUUUUAUGUCUCUAUUAAUAGUAUGAAGUAAAACAUGGGAGUGAGAAGAAUUUUUUUGGUAGGGAUUGCACAGUCACACAGCACACCUGAACUGACUCAUGCAUCUUUAGUGAUUUGUUACUCUUCCUUACUACAAGAGCAUUACAAGUAGAGUACUAAUUGGUCUACAUACUAUGUAAUUAUACUUAUUUCUUUAAUAAUUAAAAAGAUAAUUUUUUUUUAA